AUGUCCAACAGACUUCAGGGCUAUCUGCAGAGCCCCCCUGGGUUUGUGGAGGAAGACGAUGCUACAGCCCAAUUCACGACAAACGAUCCAGAACUGGAAGCGAGCCACCGAUUUAACAGCCCCACGCGAGAUGAGUAUGAUCGGCAACGAAGGAAAAUUUUUGCAAGCCAAAUGUUUGGUCCCGAUCCACCACAAUCGGAAUAUGUAACGUCGCUUGGUGUGAUAAAAGAUAUUAUCAGCUGCUUCUUUGGAAAAUAUCCAUUUCACCAGCUUUGGAAUGAACGUCAAGCUAACCUCCCACAAAGUCCCCGAGGGCUUGCCGAAGCCGCGCCCGAAUCUGUCGAGGCAGAUAUGGAUAUUGAAGAAGAGCGUCCAGCAGUUCAACCUGUGUACUCGCGGCCUCCUGAAGAAGCCCCCCAGCCUUCUGCGAACUCAAGACCAGAUGCGCUAGAAGAAGAAAUCAUGAGUGAGCCAGUAGAGAUGGAUCCCCACCCACCUGGAACUCCUGACCGUGAAAUUUCACCAUUCGCAGCCGGUCUUGAGGAAGCACCCCAACCUCUGACCUUGAGGCCUUCCGAAGAAGCCCCCCAGCCCUCUACGAACUCGGGACCAGAUGCGCUGGAAGAAGAGUUCAUCAGUGAGCCAGUAGGAAUAGGUCUCCAGCCACCUGGGACUCCCGACCGUGAUCUUCCACCAUUGGCAGCCGGCUUUGAGGAAACAUCUCAACCAAUGGAAACGAGAACUUUCCUGACCAUUCAUCGGAAGAUUCCUGAGAUCCUUUCGACAUGGUACAACUCGCAACAGGAAGUUAUUGUUGUCUACCUGUUCGAGUCACGAAUUUACUACAAAUUCCUCUUAACUGGUGGAUACACACUGCGAGCAACCUUGCAAGAUCUUGCAAGGGACCAUAUUUUUGUGGUGUUGAAUCUGUAUGGGCUAGGAACACCGGAUGUGAACAUGGUUUAUGAAGUAGCUUUGAAAGAACGCUUAAUACUGGUCGGGAAACGAGACAAUCCAAGUCAUGGAAAACAGCUUGAAGGAACAAUCUCAUUGGAUAAACUUCGAGAUUACGUUUUGAACUAUGAUGUCCUCACAGGAAAGAGAAAGGCCGAUACUACAGCCAAUCGACCCGGGAAGCGUCGGAGAUAG